GCCCUCAAUCUUUCCCAGCAUCAGGGUCUUUUCCAGUGAGUUGGCUCUUCACAUCAGGUGGCCAAAGUAUUGGAGCUUCAAUUUCAGCAUCAGUCAUUCCAAUGAAUAUUUCGGGUUGAUUUCCAUUACUAAAGCAUUUUCUAAAAUAGCAUCAUCAGUUUGAGUCCUACUACAAACAUCCUUUUCAGUUUUGUGACCUAUGCCUAUUCUUGUGUUUUACUACGCUCCUGUCCUUUUCUCUUUUGCAUACAACCCAUCAGUAUAAUAAUGUACAGUGUAAUAACUUGAGUGCCUCACUUAUGGUCUGUUUCCCUCAACCAGGAUAAAAAUUUCAAGGUGGCAAAAUCAUUGUAAUGGUUUGUGUGCUGACCUAUCCUCUGCACCCCAGGAACGGGCGUGACCCACAUAAGCUAUAGAAUGAAUGUUUCUUGAAGCACUCGGUGUCUCUGUAAUAUUCCUGUCUGUUAGAACCACUCUCUGUCUUCCCUUCACUUUGAGUACCCUAGAGUCUCAGGCAUAAAAACAACAAUUGUAUUUUGAAGACAAGACUAAAAAAGGGACUAAAAAUUUCACACAGCCAUGUGUACGACUUCUCCCACUUAUGGGACCUUGAUGUCCUCCAUUUAACUCCCAUUGGGAUUAUUGUUCAUUUUGAACAAGUGGUUUCACUCCUCUGUUUCUGCCAUUUCUGUUAGAUACCUUUCUCACCUUAAUAGCUUUGCUUAUGUGCACACUUCACAGAUGGUUUUCACAGAUACUCACCAUUCCCUUUGCAGACCUUGUCACUGCUAUUACAGGUGACAUGAUAAUCACUUCCCAACAAGGAGAUGAGGUCAUAGAAACACAAAGCCUUAUUUCAGAGUUGAGAUGCCCCUUUUCACACCUGCACAGCUGCUGCCCAGGCAUCUACUGUGCUGAUGGGAAAUACCAGUCAGGUAAGUAGCAAUGUGUUUCAGGUAAGUGUCAGAUUUUGAGACAAGCUUCAUUAGAAAAUUCAGUCGUCCAUAUGGAAAAAAAAUUCUGUUUCAGGGGAUUGGAAUAUAAAAGUAUACACACACCUGUAAUACAUACACAUUCAGGACAGAUUUUUAAAUUUUUUUUAUUUCAUAUUGUAUAGUUAAUUUACAGUGUGUUAGUUUCAAGUGGACAGCAAAGUGAUUCAGUUAUACAUAUACAUAUACUUUUCAGAUUCUUUUCCCAUUUAGUUUAUUACAGAACACUGAGUUCCCUGUGCUUUACAGCAGGCAGGACAGGUUUUUUUCAGGAUACCCUCAGCAUAGUGCUGCUCUCGUUCACCUGUGUUGAGACCGCCUGACGUCUCUCUUUCUCCUUUGUCUCUGACUCAACACAGUUUUCGCUGUCAAGGUUUCAUGCUACAGGCAAAUGGCCAGAAAUAAGAGAAAGACAAGCUCCCAGCAGCUGAGCUGGCAUCUGGUGUCUGCGUCUUGUUUUUGGGUGGCGGGAGAGAGUAUGUUGGGUUAAAUGCAAUCUGUCUUAAUAUGCCUUUAAAGUUCUGUUCUUAGAUGAAAGUUAACUUUUAUUUAGAGAAAAGUAAGGUUCAUUUCAUCUCCAAUGUGAGGGACAAUUAUUUAAAGAAACAUGUGGCUACCUAUUGUGUUUGACAAGAUGUUAUAGGGACAGGUUGGAUGUUUUCUGCCCCACACCAGAAGCAUUAUGUAUCUCCAAGAUAUUUUGCUAUUAGCAAGAAAUGGCUUUAGAUAUCAUAAUCUUGGUGUUUUAGAUGGUUGUUACCAUAGAUUUUUUUAAAGUUGAAGUAUAGUUGAUUUACAAUGCUAAUCACUGCUGUACUGCAAAUAUAUAUAUAUAUAUAUUUAUUUAUUCUUUUCCAUUAUGAUUUAUCAUAGGAUACUGAAUAUAGUUCUUUUUGCUAUACAGUAGGACCUUGUUUAUCCAUUCAAAAGCUUACAUUUGCUAACCAUAGACUUGUUCAGUGUCUAGACAGACUCAGUUGGGGGGGGAGGUUGGAACAUGUCUUAAAAUUAUGUACUAUUAAUACAUGCCUUAUUUCUUUGAAAAUGUGUAGAUUUUUGAGUCUUCAUUUAAAAUAUUUGUAUAUUCUUUUGCCUUAUGAUGAAAGUCUUAUUUGCCAAUUAUAUUAAUACACUUUGCAUAUGUUUCUAAUAAUUAAUGCCAAAUAACUGGCAAAAUGUGAGUAUGGACAAAUGUUUAAUAUAUCUUAUAGAUACUUUUAUUUUCAUAUAUGCCUCUGUGUAACUUGUGAUGUUUUUUCUAGUACACAUAGAACAUCAUGCUGAUGGACAACCAGGGAAAAUUUUUUAUUUGAAUCUUGAUACCUAAUUUUGAUUAAUAUUUUUCAACAAUUAUGUUACAUAUUUAUAUGUGUAAAACUACUUCAUGAAGCCUAGUUUAUCCUUCUAUCCUGUGAAAUCUUUGCCUCAAUUCAUAUUCCUCUACUUUCAUAAAAAGAAAAAAUGGGAAACAUACACGUGUUUUAUAGCUUGCAUUUUUCUUCUCAGAGUGUAUUGUGGCGGAAGAUCUCUAUCAGUGCACAGAUAACUCCCUCACACAUCUCUGCAGCCUCAGAGUUUCCUGUUGUGCGUUUGGCCACUUCCACUCAUGCAGCAGACGACUUCAUGAUUGUAGUCUUCAUUUCCAUUGCCUUUGCACACAUGAGCAAAAAUCCUAAGUGCCCACUUAACAUGAGAUUAUACGAGAUGCAGGCUUAAUAUUGAAAACGAGGGCAUGGUGAUCAUGACACACCUCUUCUCAUCCUUUUCAUCCUUCGCUCCUCUAACUUCAGUGAAACCAGUGCCCUCUAGGCACUGAUGCGAUGCUUUCUGCCAGCUUGGAAAUGGGGACUAUAUUCCUCAUUCAGACAGGAAUUGGCCUCAUGGGAAAUAUCUCCCUCUUUUGUCUUUAUAACUUCACUUUGCUCACUGGACAUAAUUUGAGGCCCAUAGACCCAAUCCUCAUGCAACUGGUCAUCGCCAAUGCCACAGUUCUUUUCUCUAAAGGCAUACCACAGACACUGGCAGCUUUUGGAUGGAGGUAUUUCCUGGAUGACACUGGAUGUAAACUUGUCUUCUAUUUCCACAGAGUAGCCAUGGGAGUUUCCUUUAGCACCACCUGCCUCUUCAAUGGCUUCCAGGCCAUUAAGCUCAAGCCCAGUAUCUGGAGGUGGAUGGAACUCCAGAUGAGAGCUCUAAGAUUCAUUGCCUUCUGCUGUUUCCUCUGCUGGAUUGGGCAUAUCUUGAUAAAUUCUUGUAUUCUUAUCAUAGUAAAGGGUCCACUGAAUGAGAAGAACUUCAGUACGAGAAAUAGUGAUGGAUACUGUUCUUGGUAUAUGACAGAGGGUUCUGUAGGCUCAUUGUACACAGUCAUGUAUUUUUCCCUUGACAUUGUGAGUUUGGGCUUCAUGGUUUGGGCCAGCAGCACUGUAGCUCUUUUCCUGCACAGACACAAACAGCGAAUCCAACACAUCUGCAGCAACCGCGUCUCCCCCAGACCUUCCUGUGAGGUCAGAGCCACACGCACUGUCCUGAUCCUGGUAAGCUCCUUUGUUGCAUUCUAUACAAUCUACAUUGUUUUGACAAUUUGGAUGACUCUAGUUGCAAACCGAGGGCAGUGGAUGGUGAACACCUCUGUCCUUUUGGCCACAUGUUUUCCAGCAUUCAGCCCCUUUGUGCUUAUUAUCAAGGACACGCGUAUCUCUCAGUUCUGCUUUGCCUGUAGGGCAAGGAAAACGCUGUUUGCUAAUGUGAUUGUCAUUCUAUGAGUCUGUUCUCAGUGGGAUUCAAAUAUUUAUCUCAACAUUUGUGAAUAUUAUGGGGACCUCUUAAGUGUUGGGUAUUAAUUAACCCUAAAAGGAAAUAUAUUAUCCGUUUCUAAUGGCCAACAUUAAGUAUUUAAAUAAUUAAAACUUAUUUUUAUCAGCUGUUUUCAAAUAAUUUCAAAAUAUUCUGACUUUAAAUACUAAUAGCUUAUUUUUUAAAAGGUCUAUUUAUCUCUGGAUAAUGGAGUGUGCUCUAUUUUUUAAAGUCUUACUCAAUCUUUUGUAAUUGGAAAUCCCAGCAAUUUUAAUGAAGUCUAGAUAUAAUGUACAUACAUGUGUAAAUAUCUACAUUCAACUGCCAAUAGCAUUUAUUACAUACCAAAAUUAUGAGUCUUUAAUCUUACUUAAUUUCAAAAUUAUCAAAUCUAUUUUACUGUUGUUUUAUAAAGUUAAUAUACACAUGUUCAAUGAUUUCCUUUGCUUAUUUUAAAGUUUGUGAGAAAACUAUCAUUUAUUUUAUAGUACUUUUUUAACAUUUAAAAGC